UUGCAGUAAUCAAAACUUACAGAUUACUAACAGAACAAUUCAUAGCGGACUGAGAGAUACGAUGCCUAGAUGAAAACCCGUUACAAGGAAUCCACGUUCGCUUGGACAAGGCGUUGUCGAGGGAGACUGUGGAUCUCUGACCGGUGCGAGGGCGGCUGCCAACCAACAUGCCAGCCAACUUCACUGUCUCCAACCACACCGUAUCGGACACUCACUAUAACUUUCCUGCUUUGAUCUUCGGCAUAUUGUUAACCAUCGUUAUUAUUUGUGGAAAUGUGCUCGUGUGCCUUAGUGUAUAUACUGAAAACGCUUUAAAAACUACAACAAACUACUUCAUAGUCAGCUUAGCCGUUGCAGACUUGCUUUUGGCAGUCUUGGUUUUGCCACUGUUCGUGUACGCGGAGUUCCAGGGUGGUGUCUGGGCCUUAAACAUGACUGUCUGCGAUGGACUGAUGACCAUGGAUGUCAUGUUGUGCACAGCCUCAAUAUUUAACCUCUGUGCCAUCAGCAUUGACAGGUUUAUUGCAGUAUCCAUCCCUCUGAACUACAACCGUAAGUACGUGGACCAGCGGCAGAUCGUCCUGCUGUCGGGCACCUGGGUCCUGGCUCUGGCCGUGGCCUCGCCCAUCAUGUUCGGCAUCAACAACGUUCCGCACCGCGACCCCACGGAGUGCAAGCUGGAGGACGACAACUACAUCAUCUACUCCUCCGUCUGCUCCUUCUUCAUCCCCUGCCCCAUCAUGCUGCUGCUGUACUGCGGGAUGUUCCGGGGCCUGCGGCGCUGGGAGGAGGCGCGGCGGGCCAAGCUGAGGAGCAGCAUCGAGGCCUGCCGCAAGCUCCAGGAGGCCUCCGCCGGCCUGCCCCCGCUGGCGGGGCUGCCCCCCCCGCUGCCGCCCGUCAUCGAGUGCGACCUGGACGACGCCCAGCUGGAGGAGCUGGAGAACUUCUCCGCGCCCCACUGCCCCCCUUCCCCGGGGUACAGAGACAUACCCCUGCCCUGCGUGAGCGCCAGCCGGGCCCCGCCCCAGAGGAAGAGGGCCAAGAUUAACAGCAGGGAGAGGAAGGCCAUGAGGGUGUUGCCUGUGGUGGUGGGUGCUUUCCUGUUCUGCUGGACACCAUUCUUUGUAGUGCACAUCAUGAGGGCUCUGUGCAGGUCCUGUUACAUCGCCCCGAGUCUGAUGAGCAUAGUCACAUGGCUGGGCUAUGUAAAUAGCGCCAUCAACCCCAUCAUCUACACCGUCUUCAACACGGAGUUCCGCAAGUUCUUCAGCAAAAUACUGCACAGCUGCUGCUAAGGA